AUGUUUUCUUUGAAGAAGUUUAUACCCAGAGAGAGUAUAAUAAGACACAUAAGGUUCUCAUCGACAUCCCAUUUGCCCACUGUCUAUGCUUUAUCAACCUCUCAUGGGAGAGCUGCGAUCGGUGUUAUAAGAGUUACAGGUACAGAAUCACAGUUUGUAACCUCAGUAAGGAAGCUUUAUGAUCCUAAGACAUCAAUUUUAUUAGAUGAAUCAUUAGCCAUUUUAUUCAAUGGCCCAAAAUCAUAUACAGGUGAAGAUCUUUUAGAGUUACACCUCCACGGUGGUAAUGCUGUUAUAAAAGCGGUAUUGAAAGCAAUAGAGUCAUUACAUACGAAUGAAAAACCAAUACGGUAUGCUGAAGCUGGUGAAUUUUCUAAAAGAGCUUUUCAAAAUGGUAGAUUUGAUCUUACUGAAAUUGAAGGUAUAAGAGAGUUAAUUGAUGCUGAGACCGAAUCUCAAAGAGUUGGUGCGUUGGAUUCAAUGACUGGUAGUAAUAAAAUCAGAUUUCUGGAAUGGAGAGAGAAGAUUGUUGACUCUAUUGGGCUAUUAACUGCUAUUAUUGAUUUUUCAGAAGAUGCUGAGAUCGAGGAUAUAGAUAACAUUUAUAAAAAUGUUGAUAAAAAGGUAACUGAACUUCAAAAAGAAAUUGAUCAAUUCUUGAAAAGAACCCAAAGCUCUGAAGUUCUACUGAAAGGUAUCAAGCUAACUCUUCUCGGUCCACCAAAUGCUGGUAAAUCAUCCAUUUUAAAUAAGUUGGCAAAUGAAGAGGCCGCAAUUGUUAGUGAUAUUGCAGGUACAACAAGAGAUAUCAUCAAUGUUCCACUAAACAUUCAUGGCUAUAAAGUGGUUGUUGGUGAUACAGCAGGUAUUAGAGACCUAGCAAAAGCUGAUAAAAUCGAAGCUGAAGGUAUUAAAAGAGCUAAAAUACAAGCACAAGUUGGUGAUUUAGUUAUCGUUGUACUACCUGCUAAUGAUGCUCAUAUAGAUGAAGAACUAGUUGAUUUGAUCAAGGUAUUGAAUAAAGAAAAGAAAGUCUUGGUGAUCUUGAACAAGUGUGACUUAGUAUCAAAAGAGGAAGUUAUGCACUUGAUAGAUAAUUCAUCCCAUAUACUGAAUGUGCCAAAAGACAACUUCUUACCAGUUUCUUGUUACAACGAUGAAGGUAUUGAUCAAUUAAGUAAUGGUCUUAUCGAAGAAUUCAAAGUCAUCAGUGCCACUGAAAAAUCAGAUCCUAUAAUGAUUACACAGAGAGUUAAAGAUAUCUUGAUCAAUGAUGUGUUAAAUGGGUUCAACGAAUUUAAAACGUAUAAAGAUUUAGAUGAUGUUGUUAUUGCAACUGAAAGCUUAACCCAGUCAGUUGAAGGUAUUGGUAAGAUUACAGGUGAAACAGUUGGUGUUGAAGAGGUCUUAGGUGUCGUGUUUUCAAGUUUUUGUGUUGGAAAAUAA